AUGACUGCCGAAGAGUUCCCGGAGCUAAUCCCGGGCUUGCCGGAAGAGAUAGCCAUGGAGUGUCUUAUCCGAUUACACUUCACAGCUCACGGCGUCGCCUCCGGUGUCUGCCGCCGGUGGCGCCAGCUGGUCCGCAGCAGAGAGUUUUACUACCACAGGAAACAAACGGGUCAUACCCGGAAGGCGGCCUGUCUAAUUCAGGCGCUGCAGGCCCCGGAGUCGGAACUGGCGGUGGGCAAGCCGGUCGGACCUGCGAGAUACGGGGUGUCGCUGUUCGACCCGGUCAACGAGUCGUGGGAGCGGGUCGACCCAGUUCCCGAUUACGCGGACGGGCUGCCGCUGUUCUGCCAGGUGACCAGCUCGGAAGGGAAGCUGGUGGUGAUGGGCGGGUGGGACCCGGUGGACUACCACCCGGUGAGCCACGUGUUCGUGUACGAAUUCACCACCCGGAGGUGGAGGCGGGGCAAGAGCAUGCCGGCGGCCCGGUCGUUCUUCGCCGCCGGCGAGUGGGACGGGAAGGUGGUAGUGGCCGGCGGGCACGACGAGAACAAGAACGCGCUGAAGAGCGCGUGGGUGUACGAUGUGAAGGGGGAUGAGUGGAGGGAGCUGGCGGCGAUGAGCCAGGAGAGAGACGAGUGCGAAGGGGUGGUGAUCGGGUCGGAGUUCUGGGUCGUGGGCGGGUACCGCACCGAGAGCCAGGGCGAAUUCGAGGAUAGCGCCGAGGCGAUCGACCUCUCGGCUGGCGCGUCGGAGUGGAGGCGCGUGGAGGGGGUGUGGAAGGCCGGGCAGUGCCCGAGGUCGUGCCUCGGGGUGACGACGAUCCCGAAGGGCGGGAAGAGCGGGGGAGGACUGGCGUUGUUCAACUGGGCCGAGAUGGGCGGCGGAGCGGUGAAAGUGGGGGCCUGUGGGGUCCAGCUGGGGGCCGGAAUGACGCUGGUGUCCGGGUCAGCGUACCAAGGUGGGCCGCAAGGGUUCUAUGCGGUGGAAGGGCAAAAUGGUAAAUGGAACAAGGUGAGUGUGCCUCGUCAGUUUGCCGGGUUCGUACAAUCCGGAUGCUCCGCCGAAGUUUGA